CAACAAUCACAAAAACACUUCGUUUUUUCAGUGUCACUAUCAACGGCGGAGCGCCACCGUCGGGAAAUUCUCCAGCGUUAGUUCCGGUUUGGUGAUUUGAACUUGUUCAAUUCAAUAAAGCAAUCGUAGCUUCAAUUUCUUGAUUCCAUUUUCUCAUUUCUAGAUUUUGAUUUGAUGGUGUAGUUGAUCGAGUUUGAAGGUUUGUGCAUUAUACUAGCGAGUUUGUGAAAUCGUUAUCUUCAAAGAGAGAGAUAUGUCAUUUCAGAAUAAAGGCUUCUGGAGUCCCCGAGAUGUUGGCUGCAUAGCUGAAGAAAAUAUUGGAUUUGAUAAUUCUUCAAGAGUCGAACCAAAGAGAAGUCAUCAGUGGUUUGUGGAUACAAGUGAACCUCAAAUGUUCAGCAACAAGAAACAAGCAGUUGAAGGUGUUAGUGACAUGCCAGUUUCAACAAUGAAUGUUUCUCAAUGGGAAACCAGUUCGGGAUUUCACCCGGUCACUGGCCAAUUUUCUGACCGUCCUUUUGGUUCUGGUUUUGUACGGUCUAACAAUUCAGUUGAUAAAAACAUUCCGUCAAUUGGAAGUGGAAAUAUAAACAUGGGAAGAAAUGAUUUUGGGAAUCAGAAUGGUAAUGAUUCAUCUAUUGGGCUGUCAAUGUCUCAUUCCAUAGGAGUUCCUUCACCAUCUCUAAAUUUUGGUGGUAUAAGGAAAGUUAAAGUUAAUCAAGUCAGAGAUUCCGACCAUGGCACGCCAGCAGCUGAUAACAAUAUAUUUUCGAUAGGUUCUGUUUACAAUAAGAAUGAUGACAAUAUUACAUCAGGCCCAACUUACGCCAAUGGAAGCGACAACACCAUUGCUAUGGGUCACAUCUUCAAUAAAGGGGACAGGAAUUUUUUGUUGAUGGGUCACAAUUAUGGCAAGGGAGAUGAACAUAUUUUAUCAAUGGGUCGGUCCUUUGACAGGGGCGAUGGAAAUUUCAUAACAAUGGGUCAGUCAUAUGGAAAGGAAGAUGACAAUUUGAUAUCUCUAGGAACCUCAUAUUCCAUGGGGCAUGAGAGCAUUACAUCAAUGGGUCCAACCUAUGGUAAAUCAGGAGAAACUUUCACAACUAUGGCUCCUUCCUAUGAUAAGGUGGAUUCAAACAUUGCUUCAACAAUUCCAUCUUUUGAUAGCGGCAGCUCUAGUUCUUUACCUGUGAGUCAAAACCUGAGUAAUUGUCACAGCAGUUCCAUUUCUUUUGGAGGUUUUCAUGUUAACCCUCAACUGAAUGACUCCACUGGAAUGAUUAAUAGUUCUGAUCCGUUAAUGGGCAACCAGAACUCAGCUCAAGGUGUCGAGAGCCAAAAGGAUCUGAGUGAAUCAAGCCCUAAUCCACCUGUAAAUAGCACUCCAAAAUCUAAUGCUAAAAAUGAAACUGUUGUUAAAAACAAAGAACCAAAGACAGCGAAGAAGCCUUCUACUAACAGCUUCCCUUCAAAUGUCAAAAGUUUGUUGUCAACUGGUAUUUUUGAUGGCAUUCCGGUAAAAUAUUGUACAUGGUCAAGGGAGAAAAAUCUUCAAGGAGUCAUAAAAGGAACUGGGUACCUGUGUUCAUGUGAUAUCUGCAAGGGGCAAAAGGCUCUUAAUGCAUAUGAAUUUGAGCGUCACGCUGGGGCCAAGUCAAAACAUCCUAACAGUCACAUAUUCUUUGAGAAUGGAAAGUCCGUCUAUGCUGUUGUUCAAGAGCUUAAAAACAGUCCUCAGGAGAUGCUUUUUGAUGCUAUUCAAACUGUGACAGGAGCCACUAUCAACCAAAGGAACUUCCGUACUUGGAAAUCUUCAUACCAAGCUGCUACUCUUGAGCUUCAGCGCAUCUAUGGAAAGGAUAAGCUGCUACCAUGAUAAGUUCGGUUAUGUUCUUGAAAAUUCAGAACAGUUGUAGAUAUAUGUAACUUCUUCGGUGUAUGAGUGGCAGCUUAAAAGUUUGACUUUGUAAUUGAAAAUUUUAUUUUGUUUUUCUUGUACCAACUUGAAUGUUCUAUUUAUGGUAAUAAAGAUGUCUAUUUUGUGAUUCA